UAGCCACAGUCGGACGAUCAUAUCAACAACGUCUCUCUCACUUAAACCAAAACGUCGAGUCAAACACGUCUUCACUUUACCCUCAAAUAUACCCUUUCGGAAAAUGGCUUCUCACCAUCACUACCACCACCCCUGCCCUACGGCCGCCUCCACCACCAUCUGUUACUGCUACUCUUGUCACCCCACCCCCACUCCCACCCCAUACCCUCAACACCCUCACCCUCCACCACCAAAUCCACACUCCACUCCCCCUUAUACCCACUACCCCGCAACCCCACCCCAUACCCCUCACUUCUAUGCUUCCCAUCCAACCCCACCCCCACCACCCUACAACCCCCAUACCCCAUGCCAAUGUGAACCCACUCACCAUUUUCAAGAAUCCAAUCAUCACUAUUUUCAAGAAUCCAAUAAAUUACCUGACCAACAAACUGACCGCAUUGUUACGUCACUUCUACGUCGGAUCGCAGCCCUAGAAUCUACCCUUUCCGUCCGACGAAGCUCCUCUUCUUCUUCGUCUCGUCAAUCCCUACGCGAUGCGGCGGCGCGUACUAUUCAAGCGCACUUCAGAGCAUUCCUUGCUCGUAGAUCGAGAACCCUCAGGCAGCUAAAACAACUGGCUUCCAUUAAAACAACUCUCAAUAUUCUUAAAUCUUCUGUUUCUGCUAAAACCCCUUUUCAUACUCACACUGUUUCUCGCAGAGCUAUGGAUUUACUUGUUAAACUUGACUCGAUUCAGGGCGAUGAUCAACUAAUUAGAGAUGGUAAAAGGUCAAUAAGCAACGAACUGACUCGAUUUCUGAAGGUAAUUAAUGGGGUUACAGUAAUUUCAAGGAGAAUAGUGAAGAAAGUGAGAAAUGGCAAUAAAGCUCGAGUCUUUUCAAGUGAUGCCGGAAUGGAAUUGGGCACAAAUAGUAACGAAGCCAUUGAUAAAUUUGUUGAUGAAUCUGAAGAGGAAGAUGAAGAGGGGGAGCACCAAAAGCCUAGAAUGUCUGAAGUUGGAAAAUCUGGGGUUUUAAGAAAUAGGGAUGAAGGUCGGCUUAAACCCAAACAAAAGAAAUCUGUGAGCUUUGCAGAGAAUGUGAAUGGGCAAGAAUCAUAUGAUGCUGAGUUAGAACUGAUGAAAAACCUUAGCAAAAGAGUUGAAAAAAUCGGAAUUUUAUCCAAGGAUGGUGCUGAAGUUGAUGAGGAAGAAGAUGGAGGAGGGUCUAGCGGGAGUAGUGAUAAUGAAAUAAUGGAUCCAGAUUAUAUUUCAAGAAAAGAUAAUGGUUAUUAUGAAAGGAGGAAUGUGAGAGAUGAGAAUGAGAAUGCAAAUGAGAAUGAAACUGAGAGUUUCUUGUUCUCAGCACCAUUGCCUGUGAAGAUGGAAGGUAGAGCUGCUGAUUAUGUCAACAGGAAAAAGGGUGUCAAAAUCGUUGAAAACUGAAUUGUAGCUUCCAACUUUGUUCUCCCUGCAGGAUUUGUUGAGCAUUGACGAUUA